AUGCCGAAAAAGCCAAACGUGACCAAAUCCUCCCACCAGGACCCUCCAGGCUACCCUCCGCUUGAUGCAAAUCGCGAGGAGCGAGUCCAGAUCCAAUGGGCUACCCAUCACCAUUGGAUCAACUGCAAAGUCUCCCACUUGAGACUGAGCAGCACCGCCGAGGCCUCCAAGGACCAACUAGUCCAGCAUGGAUCGAUGCCAGACAAAAGCGCAUGAGCGCCGGCAAGCGUCAGGAAGAGGAGGAUUUGCGCAAGGCUAUCCAACUCAGCUUAGGAGACUCCCUCGGUCAUCACCCUGCUACGCUACCCCCCCUCCCCCCCCGGAACGCUCUUAUCACGCCGAUCACUACGCUGUCGACACUUACGACUCAAGGCUACCCUCCACCUCGCAGUUGGCCGCCUCUCGCGAUCACAUGCCACACGACUAUCAAUCGUCGAAUUCGAUGGGCUACCCAACCCCGUCGAUCCUGCAGGUUGGAGGCAUGCAAGUUAUGCUUCAAAGGCUAACCAAGGACAUGGUUUCGCCCAGCGGCUCAUGGACUCAAACCCGCCGGCCACUCAGAGGGACAGCGGAAGCGGGAAGAAAGGCAAUCGCCAGUUCUUGCCCACUAUUGAAGGUUCACUGCCAAAAGGAUCCCCGCAAGUCCGCGACAUAAUC